CUUUCCCACCAAGCGUAGCGUAGCGUAACGUAGAAUCAUCAUAUCCAUCAAUAUGGAUACCCCAUCAUCAUCGUCUGAGACCAUUAUCAUGGCUGCCCUCUCAAGUCUAUCACCCUCCGUCCUCUUCCAUCUCACCCACCACCUCACCGCCAUCUUCCGCUACCACAACCGCCGCGUCUCCGCCCUCCUCUCCUCCCCAACCCUCUUCUCCCUCACUCUCCACCACCUCCACACCCUCUCUCUCCACCAAAAGUCCCUCCUCAUCUCCCGCCACCUCCUCUCAAACCUCUCUCUCUUGGCAUGCCACGCCCAACAGCAACACCCCCGCCUUCUCCUCCCGCCUCCGCGCUCAGCCACCUCCAUCAAUCUCCGCGACAUCGACGCCGUGCUCCUCCUCCUCCUCCUCUGCGAGCUCCACCAGAGCGAUGGAGAGGCGUUGGACGCUCCUCCGUCGCGGUGGCGUGAAGCGCUUUGUCGUCAUGCGACGAAGAGCGCGUUAAGGCUGUCCAAAAUGGGAGCUUCCACCGUUGAAGUGAUAGUCGAGUAUGUAGAGGUGGUGGUGAAGUGCAUGAACUUUGUGAACGCGAUGGGUUGGAACGGCGGCGGCGGAGGCGAUGAUAGUGGAAAGGAGGGGAGAGAUGUGGCGGCUUCGGUGGCGGCGGUGGUGGCGCUGCCGUCCGUGGAAGUGAGGGAAAGGGGGCGGGAGUGCGUGAUAUGUAAAGAGGAGAUGAGGGAAGGAAGAGACGUGUGUGAGUUGCCAUGUCAGCAUUUGUUUCAUUGGAUAUGUAUUUUGCCUUGGCUUGACAAGAAGAACACGUGCCCCUGCUGCCGGUUUAAGCUUCCCAGCGACGACGUUUCAGGUGAGAUCCAACGGCUGUGGGAGAUCUUCGCUAAGAUGAGCAGUUGAUAUAUGGAGAUGCGGCAUAGCUAAGCUAGCUGUUAUAAACAAUACGUAGUCAUCGAUCUGUAAUAUAUAUAUAUAUAUAUACGUACAUUCAGCCCCAAAUUAAAAAUGGAAUGAUCCCUUAAUUAUAUUCCAUCACCUGUUUUAAUUGGCAGCUUUGGUUUGGUUAGCUUAUUUAGUCAAUCCAAUCCAUUCACGACUAAAUUAAAACAGCGAAGUUCAUAUAUAUGUUCUGAAAAUAGAACAUAUUUGAUCCUAUAAUAAAUGCAUAAAAGUUGGGGUGAUCUUAUUUACGGAUCGGAUCGGAGUAUGUUUUUGAUCGAGUCUGCUUUAAUGUUAGUGACAUUUAUGAACUCUUGUUGAUAACCGGU